AUGGACCGCCCUGUUGCCACAGAGAAGGCCUCCGAUGGUCACGUCUCCAAGCAUCGUGGACAUGGAGCAAGUAAUGCAUCGCCCGCCACCGCUGCCGAUGCUGUUAGAGAUAUCAAAUCACCUGGCGUUGCUCGUGUGGAGGCUAUUGCUUCCGUGACGACAAAUUGGGACAGGGUCUUCAUCUUUUUCGGCGUCUUUCUUGUCGCAUACGUCUACGGCCUCGAUGGCACUCUUCGCUAUGCCUACCAACCCUCGGCGACAAACUCCUUCGGGCAACAUUCUCUCGCCUCCACCAUCAACGUCAUUCGAUCUGUUGUGUCGGUUGGCGCGCAACCCACUGCCGCCAAGAUUGCCGAUGUGUUUGGCCGCGUUGAGCUGAUUUGCUUGUCCGUCUUCUUCUACGUCCUCGGCACCAUCAUCGAAGCCGUUUCCCAAAAUGUCGAUACCUUCGCUGGCGGCAGUGUACUCUACCAGAUCGGCUACACCAUGAUCAUUUUGCUGGUAGAGGUCAUCAUCGCCGAUAUAACAUCCACUCGUGCUCGACUCUUUUUCAGCUACGUCCCUGCACUCCCUUUCAUCAUCAACACUUGGGUUAGUGGCAACAUUUCCGAGGCUGUGCUUCAACAUAGUAGUUGGCAAUGGGGUAUUGGCAUGUGGGCAAUCAUCUUUCCUGUGUGCUCCCUGCCUCUGAUUGUGAGCUUGAUGGUUGUUUCGCGCCGCGCAAAGCGUCAAGGCCUUUUGGAGAACUAUUCAUCCUCCUUCAAACAACUCGGGUUCAAGAACCUGGCACUCGAGUUGUUUUGGCUCCUGGAUGUCAUUGGUAUCAUUCUCAUUGUUGCCAUCCUUGAGCUGGUGUUGGUUCCCUUCACUCUUGCAGGCGGCGAAAGCGCCAAGUGGAAAUCGGCUCACAUCAUUGCACCGAUUGUCGUUGGUGUUGUCUGCAUUCCCGCGUUUAUCUUCUGGGAACUCAAGGCACCGCACCCGCUUAUCCCGUUUGCCAACAUGAAGGAUCGCUCUGUAUGGGCGCCAAUGGGAAUUGCCAUCUUCCUCAAUUUUGCUUUUACCAUGCAAUCAGACUUCUUGUGGACCGUGCUGAUUGUCGCGUUUGACUUCUCCCAAAGCACCGCGACCCGUGUUACUUCACUUUACAGCUUUACCAGUGUCAUCGUCGGGCCCAUCCUGGGUCUGGUUGUGUACAAGGUCCGCCGACUCAAAGUCUUCGUCGUCGCUGGUACCAUGCUCUAUAUGCUUGCCUUCGGCCUCCUGAUCCACUACCGAGGCUCUGCAAACAGCUCAGCUCGGGCCGGCGUCAUUGGUGCCCAGGUUCUUCUUGGUGUUGCUGGCGGAAUGUUUCCCUACACUACCCAAGCUUCAUUGCAGGUCACGUUGAAGCACGAACACUUGGCAGUGAUGACGGGCAUCUAUCUUGCGACAUACAACAUCGGAUCUGCUCUGGGAAACACCAUCUCUGGAGCCAUGUGGACGCAGCUUCUGCCCUCAAAGCUAAACGAGAAUUUGAAUCCCAUAAACGGCACUCUCGGUGCACUGGCCUACAGCUCGCCGCUCACUGUAGCACCCAUGUACCCAGUGGGCACUCCGGAGCGUACGGCCAUGAUUGAUUCCUACCAAUACAUUCAGAGACUCCUCACCAUUACCGGGGUUUGCCUCUGUGUCCCCCUCAUCGUCUUCGGGCUUUUGCUCCGCAACCCCAAACUCAACGACGAGCAAACUCUUGCAAAGGACUCAGACUCUGAGACGGAGACAGAGGUUGACUCCCGUGCAUAA